AUGACUCGGACAACCUCUGAGCGGGUGUCUACACCACAGGGCAGUAACGUCCAGCACGCUCCACUCAGCCUGGCCCCCGGCUACUGCCUAACCGCCCAUUUAGAUACCCACUUGUUUUCCAGGAAGAGGAAGCGAGGGUGGCUCUCUGGGCCGCUCAGGCAAGGGGAAGGUGGUGACCCACUGGAAAUCCGAAACACAUUAUUGCGUCAGAAGAAGCGGUUGUUUCUCGCAGCCCAGCCAGGCCCCUCGUACAACAUGGCCGCGUGGGGGGGGUUGGCGGGCGCCGGCGGGGCCUCGGUGGCCCUCGCGGCCGCCCUGGUGGCCCUGAUGGCCCUGGUGGCCCUUCGGGUCCGGCUGGUGGCCCGCUGCCGGAGAAGCGGCCCCCGGAAGGGCCCCCUCAGCCUCGUCGUGGUGGCCGGCUCCGGAGGACAUACCACAGAAAUCCUCAGGCUUCUUGGGAGCUUGUCCCCCGCCUACAAACCAAGACAUUAUGUCUUCGCCGAUACAGAUGAAAUGAGCGCUGAGAAAAUCUGUUCUUUUGAACAGAAGAGAUCGGAGGAAUCCUCCCAGCCGCCGUACACCAUACACCGAAUUCCCAGAAGUCGUGAGGUUCAGCAGUCCUGGGCCUCUUCCAUCCUGACGACCCUGUACGCCACGUUUUACUCCCUGCCUCUGAUUUUCCAGCUCCAGCCAGAUCUGGUUCUGUGUAAUGGUCCGGGAACAUGUGUUCCUAUCUGUGCCUCGGCCCUCCUUCUUGGAAUUUUAGGAGUGAAGAAAGUGAUCAUCGUCUACGUUGAGAGCCUCUGCAGAGUAGAAACCUUAUCUCUAUCGGGAAAGAUUCUUUACUACUUUUCAGAUUACUUCAUUGUCCAGUGGCCGAACCUGAAAGAAAAAUAUCCCAAAUCUGUGUACCUUGGGCGAAUAGUGUGACAAAAUCCAAGCUUAAAUGUCAGUAUUCAUCGACAGAGUAUUUUGACGAUAAAGAGAAGAACUCUAUACUUAAAAUAUACAUUUACUGGCUGCUCCAAGCCAAGAAUGAAAAUAUUUUAGUUAAGAAACUAAGGAUUCUUUUUCAAAGUGGAACCUGUAAAUAAGGUGCAAAUAAUUAUUUAGGGCUACUGUGAAUCAGUAACCUCAUUGAUAUGUUGCCAACUUGUACUUCCCAAGCGCUUAGUACAGUGCUCUGCACACAGUAAGCGCUCAAUAAAUACGAUUGAUGAUUGAUGAUGAUGAUUGACUUUCAGGUUCAAUUAUAUAUCACCAAGUGCUAAUUAGCUGCUAAUUAUCUGGUAACAUGAGCUUUAUCAUUUGUCGGCAACUAAAUAGGGACCAGUGUGAUGUGUAUUAUUUCCUGUAAUGCAACUUGCUGUGGUAUCCUAAAUUGUUUAGGACCCAAAAAAAAAAAAAGUUUUCAUUUGGCAACAACAAACCGUAUUUCCUGUAGACAAGCAGUGAAAUCCCGAGAGAAUCUUUGGAACACAAAAGAAGCAGUCAAUAUUAAAUUGGCUUCUUGACCAUUGAAAUUCUACAGUCUUCCAAAACCCCAAAGCAUACACCAGAAGCACUUUUUCUUCUUGGCUUGUCAAAACUAUUUCUGCAGUCCGAAAUGCAACUUCGAUUACUUGCUAGGCUCAAAAAGGGUAUCCCAUUUAACCCCAAAGCGUACACCAGAAGCACUUUUUCUUCUUGGCUUGUCGAAACUAUUUCUGCAAUCCGAAAUGCAACUUCGAUUACUUGCUAGACUCAAAAAGGGUAUCCCAUUUAGAACCGAUAGCUAGUUUUUAAGUUGCACUUUCAAACGCUGAUGAGAAAUACCAUAGUCCCCGUAAAUUACAGAGAUCCGCUGUCGCUGUAGAGUUCGAAAUUUUGGCCAGGUUGCGCUACCACAUGUGAGAAGACCAACAUGAAUAGCAACAGGGCCAACAGAAAUGAAAACAUCAUCUGUCUUGGUGAAUUGGAGUUUCUGUAUAUAUAUGUUACUUACAGAAAAAUCUCCUUUUCACUUCAGAGGUGUACUGCGCAUAUAGUAGAGAGACCCUGGAGAUGGAAGGGCUUUUUUUUUUUUAGUGGAAAAUGAUAUUUUCACCUUGAACCGUUUAAAAACGAAUCUGGGACGGAGAGAAGCGCAUGUAGGUCUGGUUAGGAUUUCAAGCUCUUUUGGCAAACACUGUUCCAUACAUAAAGUAAUGUAAACACAUCUGUCAACGGGAUACGCAUUCAUAUAUAUUUUUGGCCGGAGAAACACCUUCAGAAAAAAAACACAUGACUGAACAGCGAAGUUCUCAGAAUAUGUAUGACCUGGCCAUAGAUAUGCCAAGCGGUAGCUCUUCGUGCCUUGACGGGAGACUUGAGCCUCAGUUCGGUCUCACCCCAACAGAGAAAACCAAGCUGAUGACUGCUCCGAUUCACCGCAUAGCCUCAAUCAAUC